GCAAUCGCGAGCCUACACGAGACGGGUUUUGCGGUUCGUCGUGCGGUGAGCAGGUUACAAGAAAUGCAAACGAGGACGUACCUCAAGGAGUGGGAACAAGAGCAGGAGAGGCGGCUGCCCAUUAAGGGAAAAGAUGCUACUAGUUAGCCCUCCGACCGACUUGUAAGCCACUUUUUUGACGUUUUGUUCGUUGUAGUUAUUGUUUCAUUCACCUACACUAACUAUGAUCAGAAGUAGUUUUUAGUUGUAAGAAGCAACUAAGGGUACGCCCGUUGCCCUAACACUCAUCGUGUUUCGGUUCUUUUCUCUCUAUCAUGUUUUUGAAUCAAUAAAUUAUGAUCAUGACUGUGAUUCAUCAUAGCGCUUGCUAUGGAAUGUCCCCUUCCCCUGCUAUUGUAAUUGGUGUCCUUGUACAUCGGACGGAGGACUACUUAUAAUUAUGUGAGUCAGAGUUACGCGUUCUUGUCGGCCCCAUUCCAUCUGUAGAGGUAAGUUUUGAUAAUGCAGUGUUAUGAAUGUAUGACAUUGGCACUGAUAGAUAUCAUGAUCUCGUAUGACGUAUGUGCAGCCCGAGCCCAUCAAUCUAUCAUAUCUGUCCUGUGCAGCAGAAAGACCGUUUAUCGCCCUCGCUAAUCCUUAACAUCAUUAUGUUAGACGCGCAAUCGCAAAAUCAAAAAUGAAAUUGAAAAUAUCUACGGCGUAUUCAUCUCCUCUUAGUUGGAUUUAUUUCUCGGUCUCGUAACAGUAUCACUAACUGUAACACCGUCAUAACAAGAUUUGUUGAAAGCUACUAUCUGAUGCAAUCAUCUCAUGCUAGACUUGUUAGCUGUGUAGUGCUUAGUAGAUUUGUAAGAUCACUUUUGGACAGUGAAGUAGGAAGGUGGGUUAGAAGUACUGGGAGCACGUGAUCCUCGAUUGCGCACGCACACAUAAAAUCCGACGCGCACUAUGGAUCCUGUCCACCCGUAAUUAUCGUUUUCCAUCAUUCGAGCUUCUGACGUUUGUUGCAGCGUCAGCACCUGCACCAUAAUUGGUUUAUCUAGGUAGUCUAAUACUAAUUUUGUUUUCCCUUAUUAUAAAUAUAAAUAUUAUUGCAUUCAUUGGACUUGUCUUCAGCACGACCGAUCUUGCUAAACUUAGGGGGUUUAAAUCGCCAUCACGGUUUGCUUGUCGUUGGCUUUUCCUAAGUAGAAUUGUGCUAGUCAAUGAAUGGCAUGCUCAUGUAGUUGUCGACGAGACCUUUCUUGCGUUGGUUGCUUCGCGUACUAGACCACCUCCACCUUGGUUGUCUAUUAUGAAACAAACUGCUCAGGCUUGCCCCCGUUCUUCCGAAUCCGAAUGUGAAUCCGAUUUGAACCCAGUAUUAAAGUUUGUAAUGUCCUCAUGAAUAUGAAAUAAAUCCGACUCCCCAUUCCUUUGUUACCGUAAUGCCUCCCUCCCUUUUUCGAACAAGCUGCAUUUUUGCAGUAGGAUUAUUAAUAGACACGAAGAAGAAGACUCUGCAUCCCUUGUUGGGUUCUUACAGACUCAUUAGAAGAAGUAGUUUCGCUGGUUG